AACUCAUAACAAGCCAAGCCGUCAACGCGAGCAGUUUUACCAGUUUAGUGCUCUGAAAUUAUUUUGAAAUUUUUUUUAUACAUACAUACAUAUACGUUCGUACAUACAUAUAGUAUAUAAUUAUUUUGUUUUGUUGAACCAAAUACUGAUAAGUUACGAAGAUGUCUGCAGUUACUAAAGGAAUUUACAUUGUUGGUGCAAAACGUACUGCCUUCGGUACCUUCGGUGGUUCUUUAAAGAAUGUUGGUCAAACACAGUUACAAACGGUCGCUGCUAAAGCUGCAUUGGAUGCUGCUGGUUUGCGUGGAGAACAAGUUGACACUGUUAUUGUUGGAAAUGUUAUUGCGAGCUCGUCUACCGAUGGCAUUUACCUGCCACGCCACGUCGGUCUCCAAUGCGGUGUACCAAUUGAAAAGCCAGCUCUGGGCAUAAAUCGUCUUUGCGGUUCAGGAUUUCAGUCUAUUGUGAAUGGCGCACAGGAUAUACUAUUGGGUAGUGCUAAAGUAGCACUCACUGGUGGUGUUGAGAAUAUGUCGCAAGCGCCAUAUAUAGCACGUAAUAUCCGCUUCGGCACCACAUUAGGUGCUAACUACAACUUUGAGGAUGCGCUGUGGGCAGGUCUCACCGACACAUAUUGCAAAUUACCAAUGGCACUGACUGCUGAAAAUUUGGCAGAACAAUUCAAAAUUACGAAAGAGCGCGUCGAUGAAUUUUCACUGCGCUCGCAGCAAAACUGGGCAAAGGCACAGAAGGAAGGAGCUUUUAAUGCUGAAAUCACACCAAUUAAAUUGAAGGUGAAAGGCAAAGAGGUGGAUUUCAUAGUUGAUGAGCAUCCAAGACCUCAAACCACAAUUGAAGGAUUAACUAAGUUGCCGUCGCUUUUCAAGAAAAAUGGCGUAGUAACCGCUGGCACUGCUUCGGGUAUAUCUGAUGGUGCUGCUGCUGUUAUUGUUGCUUCAGAAGAAGCUGUCAAGGAAUACAAUCUAAAACCGUUAGCGCGGCUCGUUGCUUACUCAUAUGUAGGUGUGAAGCCAGAAAUUAUGGGUUAUGGUCCAGUGCCAGCCAUUCAAAACGUAUUAAAAGUUAGCGGUAAAAAAUUGGAAGACAUCGAUUUGAUUGAGAUUAAUGAAGCAUUUGCCGCACAAACGCUUGCCUGCGCUGAUCAACUGGGAUUGGAUAUGUCCAAGUUAAAUGUUAAUGGCGGUGCUAUCGCUUUGGGUCACCCACUCGGUGCCAGCGGUGCUCGUAUUACUGGUCAUUUGGCGCACGAGAUGCAACGCAAGAACUUGAAAUACACCAUCGGGUCAGCUUGCAUUGGCGGUGGCCAAGGCAUCGCACUAUUAUUGGAAUCUGUUUAAAAGGCUGUGAAUCAGAAUCAGAAUCAGAUGUUAUUUUAUGUAUAGAAAUAUACAUGAAAUAGUACAAUGUAACAACACUAGCCCUAGGUCAUCGGCUGGAAAAAGCUGUGAAAAUCAAAUUAUUAUUGCAUUUAAUUGUUUUUCUAAUUAUUUUGUUUUAUUGCAUGUAAGAAAAUUAGCCUUAAGUAUUAAACUUAAAAAAAAAAAUAUAUAUUAAAUCGAUUUUA